AUGCAGGACAGGCAACUACCAAACAACCACAACAACAUCGAUCGAUUCUUGCAGCUACUCUACGACAAUCUGAAGCACCAAACUGGCCCAGGAGGAGCACGGGUCUCGCUGACGGAUCGGAUGCAGGAACGGCGCCUUGGCCUUGGGAGGGGUCUGGCGCUUCUUCCUACACCAAACCAGGCUAUGACAUCGAUGAUCAAGGCGGCAUGGAUCGGAUGGGCAGUGGCAAAGAUUGGCCCCGACCAUCUGUUCCUCCCUGCAUGUUUCGGGUUUCUUGAUUUACUCUUCCCUUCGCCACUUGUUCCCCAGACGCCAGGGUUCAUGUAA